AUGGCGCAGAAAGGAGUUGGUCUGGACCGUGAAUCUUUCUCUUGUUCCAUCUGUUUGGAUCUACUGAAGGAUCCGGUGACUGUUACCUGUGGACACAGCUUCUGCAUGAGCUGUAUUCAAACCUACUGGGAUAAAGAGGAUGAGAAGAAGAUCUACAGCUGUCCUCAGUGCAGACAGACCUUCACACCGAGGCCUGUCCUGAUGAAAAGCACCCUGUUAGCAGGUUUAGUGGAGGAACUGAAGAAGAGCGGACUCCAAGCUGCUCCUGAUGAUCCCUCUGAUGCUGGACCUGAAGAUGUGGCCUGUGAUUUCUGCAGUGAGAGAAAACUGAAAGCUGUCAAGUCCUGUCUGCAAUGUCUGGCUUCUUACUGCCAGAUUCACCUCCAGCCUCAUUUUGAAGUGGCUCCAUUUAAGAAACACAAGCUGGUGGAGCCCUCCAAGAAGCUCCAGGAGAACAUCUGCUCUCGUCAUGAUGAGGUGAUGAAGAUGUUUUGCCGCACUGAUCAACAGUCUAUAUGUUAUCUCUGCUCUGUGGACCAACACAAAGGCCACGACACAGUCUCAGCUGCAGCAGAAAGAGCUGAGAGGCAGAAAGAUCUGGAGGAGAGUCGAGAAAACAUCCAGCAGAGAAUCCAGGACAGAGAGGAAGAUGUGAAGCUGCUCCAACAGGAGGUGGAGGCUAUCAACAGCUCUGCUGAUAAAGCUGCGGAGCACAGCCAGGAGAUCUUCAGCCAGCUGAUCCAUCUCAUGGAGAAACGUCGCUCUGACAUGGAGCAGCAGGUCAGAUCCCAGCAGGAACGUGAAGUGAGUCGAGUCAAAGAUCUUCAGGAGAAACUGGAGCAGGAGAUCACUGAGCUGAAGAGGAAAGACGCUGAUCUGCAGAAGCUCUCACUCACAGAGGACCACAACCAGUUUCUGCACAGCUACCCCUCACUGUCAGGACCGGGUCAACCUGCAGACUCAUCCAGGAUCAACAUCCGUCCUCUGAGAUACUUUGAGGAGGUGACAGCAGCUGUGUCAGAGGUCAGAGAUAAACUCCAGGAUCUUCUGACAGAGACGUGGACAAACGUCUCACAGGCAGUGACUGAAGUGGAUGUUUUACUGUCAGAACCACCAGAACCAGAACCCAAGACCAGAGCUGGUUUCUUAAGAUAUUCACAGAGAAUCACACUGGAUCCAAACACAGCACACAGACAUCUGUUAUUAUCUGAUGGAAACAGAAGAGCAACAUUUACAGGACAACUACAGUCUUAUCCUGAUCACCCAGACAGAUUCACUGAUUAUUGUUAUCAGGUCCUGAGUAGAGAGAGUCUGACUGGACGUUGUUACUGGGAGGUGGAGCGUAGAGGGGACAGCGUUUUUGUAGCAGUCGCAUACAAGUCUAUCAGCAGAGCAGGAAAAUCCGAUGAUUGUUCAUUUGGAAACAAUGACAAAUCUUGGAGGUUAGAGUGUUAUAAAGACAAGUAUGAAUUUGUGCACAACAAAGUCCGCACUCCUGUCUCAGGUCCUCAGUCCUCCAGAGUAGGAGUGUACCUGGAUCACAGAGCAGGUAUUCUGUCCUUCUACAGCGUCUCUGAAACCAUGACUCUCCUCCACAGAGUCCAGACCACAUUCACUCAGCCUCUACAUGCUGGACUGUGGUUAUACUAUGGAGACUCUGCUGAGUUUAUUGAAGUGAAAUAA